AUGGACCCCCAGGGCGGGCCCCCGGGCUGCUGCUCGUUAGCAGCAGCAUCUGACGCAGCAGCAGCAGCAGCAGCAACAGCAGCAGCAGCAGCAGGCGGUGAGACACAGGACCCAGAGCAGCUCGUGCUGCUGCUGCAGCAGCAGCUGGAGUGUCUGUACACCGACCCCGACCCGCAGAAGAAAGCAGCAGCAAACACCUGGCUGCUGCACUUCCAACGUUCUGCUGCUGCAUGGGCUGCGUCUCUGCUGCUGCUGCAGCAGCAGCAGCAGCAGCUGCAGCUUGUAGGUGCACAGACCCUCGCCUGGAAGAUAGAGAAUGAGGGCUGGUCGCUGCCGCAGCAGCACAAGGAUGAGCUUGCUGCUGCUCUGUUUGACGCAAUCAUACGCAUGCAGCAGCAGCAGCAGCAGCAGCAGCAGCAGCAGCAGCAGCAGCAGCAGCUGAACUAUGCUGUCGGGGGCAGACUGGGGCACUGUCUUGCUGCUCUUGCUUUCCAGAGAACAGCAGAGCUGCAGCAGCGUCAUCAGCACGACGAUGAAGAGCAGCAGCAGCAGGAAGAAGAGCAGCAGCAGCAGCAGCAGCAGCAGCAGGAGCAGCAGCAAGAGCUGUAUGCCCCUUUAGCUGAGAUAAUAUAUUUUGGGAGUCGCAGCCGUUCGUUGUGUGUCGACGCGCAGCAGCAGCAGCAGCAACCCAGCAGCAGCAGCAGCAGCAGCAGCAGCAGCAGCAAUAUAACAUUAGAUUGGUGUUUAUGGGUUUGUCUAGCAGCAGUUGCUGCUUUUCCUGCUGCAGCUCGUGCUGCUGACAUUCCUUCUCGUGGGGGCCGCCGCUACCUGGAUGGUUUCUAUGGGCGUGCUGUUGCUGCUGCUCGUGCUGCAGUGCUGCAGUUCGGCAGCCACGUGCUUGCUGCUGCUGCAGCAGCCUGCAGCAACAGCAACAGCAGCAGCAGCAGCAGCAGCAGCAGCAGCAGCAGCAGCAGCAGCAGCGGUAUAGCUGCUAGGUGCGGAGAGGGGGCGCUGCAGCUGCUGACGGUCUGGCUGGAAGCAGCAGAGACACACGAAGUUUGUGUGGAUGAGUUGUGUGCUGCUCUUGCUGCUGCUCUGUCUCCUUUUGCUGCUGAUGCUGCUCUCGCUGAUUGUUUAGUUGCUGCUAUCCCUCGGCUGCCUGCGUUUACAGGGCUGUGGGGUGUACAGACAGCAGCAGGUGCAGGUGCAGCAGCAGCAGCAGCAGCAGCAGGAGGAGGGGGAGCAGCAGCAGGUGGUGGGGGUGGAGGAGGGGAAGAGAACAACAGCAGCAAGUGUGCACUUGCUGCAGCAGGAGCAGCAGAGUUGCUGCUGCUGCAGCAGCUGCUGCUUACAUUUGACUUACUAUCACAGGAUAUAGAAGCAAACCUAGAAGAGCUGCAGCAGCAGCCACGCAGCAGCAAGACGGCUCUGUUGGUGCGGUGGGGUGGUGUGCUGCUGACGUUGAUAGAGGGUCACCCGCAGCUGCUGCUGCAGCCAGCAGCAGCAGCAGCAACACGGCUGCUGCUGCUGCUCUGGCGAGCUAACCCCCUCACAUGGAUCCGAAUGUCUGGGCUUUGGUACCAGGUGAAGGAGCAGCGGCGGGACGGUGUGCUGCAGCAGGAGCUGCUGCAGCAGCUGACAGCAACGAUAGCUCCCUGCUGCGUCUCUAGCAUGCUGCAGCACGCCCGAACCAGCAGCAGCAGCAGCAGCAGCAGCAGCAGCAGCAGCAGUUUGUGGGUGCAAGAUGAUGGGGGGGGGGAGUGGGGAGCAUUCAUGGAAGCAGCAGGAGACGUGCUGGGGGAUCUGCUGCUGCUGUAUGAGGUAUGCGGGCAGCAGCAAGCGCAGCAGUUUUUGUGUGUUCUUGCUGCGCUGCUGCUGCAGUCGUUUCAUACAAAAGACAGCAGCAGCGUGCGCUGUCUGCUGCUGCUGCUGAACCCAGUUAUAGAGACGCUCAAUGGAAUACCCAAGCCCUUUGCUGCUGUGCUGCUGUCGCUUGAUCUGCUGCCAGCUGAGCCUGCUGUUGCUGCUGCUGCUGCGCUGCUGCUCAGCAGAGUGGCUAUACACUUCACCGAGCUGCUGACGUGUGAGGGGUUGAAAUCUGCCUUGUCUUCUGCUGCUGUUUGCUGCUGCUCCCCGCUGCUGUCUGCGCUCUGGGUUGCUGCUGUUCGUUCCCUUACGAACUUGCUGCUGCUGCAGCCGCAGCUGCUAGCUGACGCGCUGCUGCAGCUAGCUACCUGGGGGGGGCAUCACCUGGGCUUCCCGCUGCUGCAGGGUAUUCAUACGCAGCAGCAGCAGCUGCUGCAGCAGCACCUGCAGCAGCAGCAGCAGCAGCAACAGCAGCAACAGCAGCAUAUGCAGCAGCAGCAUCACUUGUCGCUCCAGGACCAGUGGUCUGAUCCCGCGUUAAAGGCGGCAGCAGCAGCAGUUGCUGCUGCUGCUGAUGCUGCAGCAGCAGCAGCAGCAGCUGCAGCAGCAGAGACAGACCCAGCUCUCUUGGCGAGUCGGAGGCUGGAGCAGCUGCAGCAGUUCUAUCAGUUUGUUGCUGCUGCUGCACCGCAGCAGCAACCGCAGGUAGACGGGACCCUCCAUGCUGCUGUCGUUAAGCUGCUGCAGCACUUCCCCCCCAUCGAUAUGAUGUCUCUCUUUUGUCAGCUGCUGCAGCAGACAGCCCAGGGCAUCCGCAGCAGCCGCAGCAGCAGCAGCAGCAGCAGCAGCAGCAGCAGCAGCAGCAACAGCGGCGUCAGCAGGCAGCAGCAAGCUGCCAGGCUGCUCGCUAGGCUAGACUGCUGCGCUGCUGCUCUUUACUCGGGGAAGGUAGAGGUAUCAAGGGGCCCAGCAGCAGCAGCAGCAGCAGCAGCUUCUGCUGCUGCUGCUGGCAGCAGCGAAACCAACUCUGCUAGUGACUGUCUCGUGCUGCUGCUGCUGCGGUCUCCGAAGGAGCAGCAGGCAUUCCUGGAGGAGCAUGGGGCGGGCUGCUCUCUGCAGCAGCAGCAGCAGCAGCAGCAGCAGCAGCAGCAGCAGGAGAUGGGAGAGGAGAACACUCCGUUGUGGGUGUAUCUGCUGCAGCUAAUCCUAGAUGUGCUGCUGCAUGCAGCAGCAGCAGCACCCCGUGCAUUCGUUGGUGGUGAGCGUCUGUCUUUCUCUUUGCUGCUGGAGUUGAAGCCGCGUCAGCAGCCGCAGCAGAAGCCUGAGCUGUACUACUACAACCACUACGAGCAGCAGCAGCAGCAACAGCAGCAGCAGCAGCAGCUGCAGCAGCAGCAGCAGCAGGAGACAGAGACAGGGGGCGCGCUCUUCGUUCGUGCUCUCCGCUGUCUGCGGCUGCUGCUGGCUGUCUUGGGUUGCCGAGAGGAAGCCCAGGAUAUGUGGGGUGCUGUGAUAGCGAUGGUGGAGUCUUGUCUUGCUGCUGCUGCUGCUGCGCUGCAGCAGCUGCAGCAGCAGCAGCAACAGCAGCAGCAGCAGCAGCAGCAGAUACAGCAGAAACACCAGCAGCGGCAGCAUGAGAGUGCUGUUGCAGCAUCUGUCGCGCUGCAGGGCUGCUGCGUCGUGCUGCUGUCUGAUCUGCUGCGGAUAGCAGCAGCAAACGCCCCGCUGCAGCAGCUAGUGCGGCGACGGGUUGCUACGGAUGCUGCUGCUGCUGUUGAGGUGUACAUACACCUCAGCAGGCAUCUACCACCAGACAGCACAGACGCAUACAUCCCCCUUCUUGAGUUUCUCUCUGCCCUGGCCUCUGCCUCCGGCCAGCAGCAGCAGCAACAGCAGCAGCAGCAGCAGCAGCAGCAGCAGCAGCAGCAGCAGCAGCAGGAGGAAGUGAGUUUUUUCGGUAGCCAGACGUAUGAGGAUUCGUUGCUGCUGUGUGCACACAUACUGCGUGGCGACGACGCAGAGGUGGCAAAGAAGUGUUUAAGUUAUUUACACAUUUGCUGCUGCUGCUGCCCGAAGCAGCAGCAGCAGCAGCAGCAGAUGGAGAGACAGCUGCAGCACCUGCUGCCAGCUCUCCUCAGCUCCCUGGGGGUCUGGGGUGUCGAGACACUGGGCGUGCUGUGGAAGCUUUUUGCUCGGUGGGGGGAUCUCUAUAACAACACUUUGCUGCUGUGUGUUUCCUCCUGGCUGCGCAGCAGCAGCAGCAGCAGCAGCAGCAGCAGCGGGAGCGGGGGCGGGAGCGGGGGCGGGAGCGGCAGCAGCAGCAAGCGGUCACCGCUGCAGCAGCUAGAACCCAUGCAGCAGCAGCUGCUGCUGCACUGCCUGCAGGCAUUCAGGGGGCCCCGUAUACGACAGCUGCUGCAGGAUAUGUGUCUUCUUGCUGCUGGUGCUGCUGCUCCUGCUGAUGCUCUCGUUGCCUAUGAGUUUAUUCUUCACGAAGCAAACAGCAGCAGCAGCAGCAGCAGCAGCAGCAAACAAACAACGGAUGCAGCAGCUGCUGCUGCUGCCACUGCAGCUCCUGCUGCUGUGACCUCAGCACACACAACAGAAGGCACUGCAGCAAAGCCUAUCAUCCUCUAG